GGCAGUUAAUUUACCCUGCUUCAUAUGGAAUAACUGAAGACUCGUAUCAUUAUUUGUGGGAUAGUAUUAUUAGAAAUUCGAUAGAGAUGUUUGGAAAGCAUAACGCGAGUUUGCCAAUACUGGAAUUUGAUCGCAAUACUAGCAAACGAACCUCAACAGGUCGCAAUCGUCCAGAUAUGGUUGUAUUAGUAAGAAAUACUUGUCUUUUUCGAGGUGAAGAAAAGCCUCGCGAAGAUGCAGGAGAUCCUUCAAAAGAAUUAGUGGAUAAAUUCAAUGAUUGGACCUAUGGAGAUGCACCAUACAUCUUUGCAUAUUAUGCUGUUGGUAUCCAUGUCACAUUUGUUAUUUUGUAUAAGCCUGAAAAUAAGUCGACUAAAAAGAGAAAACCGAGCGUUUAUUCUGAACGGAUUGCAGAAUUUGAUUUAGAGC